GUUUGUACAGCUGUAAGUCAUCAAAGAUGAUAGUAAGUUUUUUCCCCGACCACAUAUGGGGAGGUUGUACAGCAAAAAGUCACCAGCAGAAGAAUCAACUGUACCAUCGGAUCAUCUACGCCCUCAUUAGCGAUAGGUACAUCAAGAACCGAAGGCUGCGGAAGUCAUCGUUUGCGCUGCUGUAUCUGUCGUACGUGUUUAUCAAAAUGCUUCCAAUGACACUGGCCAUCGAAACGAACACCGGCCUGAAAUCGGCAACGGCACUAAGCGUCCGAUCCCGCACACUACCGGAGAUGGUGGCGCCACAUCUGGAGGAAGACGACGACGACUACAUCGACGAGGACAUCGACGAAUACGACAUUGUCAACAAUAAGUCAGCAAAAGGAAUGUACGUCGGAGCCCCGUGCGAGUUCACGUGCCACGCCAAACUGCACCAUGUGUACUGUGAUCCCUCUACCAACACGUGCAGCUGUGAAAAAGAUUACCUAGUACUGAUCGGAAUACUAAGAGGAUGUGCCAAGCCCAAAAAGUUAGGGGAACAAUGUUUCUACGAUCAGACCUGCAUCUACAACGACGAGCACGCCCUCUGCGUGCAAAUCAGUCACAACGCCAUCUGCCAGUGUGCGCCCGGUUUCCACUCCGUUAGUUAUUCCAAACCAACGAAACGUGUUUUCUGCACACAAGAUUUGGCCGUAAUAACUGCGGAUCUUCCAACACUAUUCGGUGUCACCAGCGGCAUUGCCGUGCUAGCCGGUCUCAUUUGCAUGGUACUGCAUUUAUUUAGCAAAACGAAAUAUCCUCGACCUCGACAUUUCGGCGAUGCCAACCUUGCGCCUCCAAUUUUGUACAACAGUGAUACAGGUUCCCGAAGACCAAGUCUAGCUUCGAUUCACAGCACCACGUCGUCGGUUCGGAGUUACAGCACGCGACGAUUCGAGCAGGAAAUCCAGCAGAAGGAACUGCGGCAAGAGAUGAAAAAGCACCUGGUCCGGCUGCAGGAGCAGCAACAGUUACAGAAAAUUAAGCCCAACAUCAUCAUCGGCGACGUGAUAUCUUGCCCGAUGAACAAACCCAUUUUGACUACCCCCAGCCCGAUGACGCCGAACUCGAUCGACGAUCUGCUGCCGUCGGUCGACGAAACGCAGGAGUUUUCUCCUAUCAUAAGCCAGAGAUCUGUUAGUGAGAGUACAUGCGAUGGUUACGAUGGCCCGUGUAGUUCUACUGAAUUAUUGAAAUAAUGAAAACCCCCAAUAGCAGCGGUAAAUAAGUAGAUUACCGCGCAGGAUACUACGUGAAGGGUUGUCAUCAUUGUUAAAUAGAAGUUUUAUGGAAUUUUUAGAUAAGUUACAAACCUACAAAUACGACAUUUAUAUAGUGUAAUUACUGAAUAGUCGAACAAAAAAACCGAAGAUAGAGUAUGGAGCAACUGACGAAAAAGAGCUGCAGCAACACUGCUGGUUAGAAUAAUAAAUCUAACGAUAGACCAAUCAAAACUAUAAAAGAAAACCGCAACCAGGAAAACAGAAUGUGAAUCGAAUCGAUUUAGCUCUCGUUCCCUGUAAUUAAUUUAAAUAAAUAGAGUCGGUUGACUGAUAGAGCAACAUUUAGUGAAGUCUAAUUCCAAAAAAAAGUUCCAACAAAAAGUAUCUAAACAUCAAACAGAUUCACAGGACACGCCUGACAGGAGGACGAAUUCUGCAGUAUUGUAUCAAACCACUAAAUAAGCAAUAUUCAAUAACAUUCAAACACGAAAGCUCAAUCAGUUAUUAGUCAGCAACCCUGCAACUUUGACUUAGUUUAGUCAAGUUAAUCAAAUUGGUAACAGGAAUUGGCUCUAACAGUAUCAGAUAACAAACGAAAGAGACGACUGAAUUUUCAGAUAAACGAAAAACCGACUUCAUGAACAUCGUGAAUAAAUCAUUCAUCACUGAAUAGUUGUGUUCAAAUGGGUUAGGAAAAAACAAAGUGCAAUAGAUUUUUACGCAUUGCAGUUCCAUAGAUCGUUGAAUUAUUCCAACAAGUUAUUCGCAAUGACUAGAAAUCUGUUAAAAACCAACGUUGAAUUGUAGCAUUUCUACUUCUAAUGUUCCGGUAUAAUAAAAAACCUCAAACAAGCAACCUACUGGAGCAGCAUAGAAUUAAUUCAUUCCAGUGAUAUAAUCCAGAAGAACAAAACAAAAAAACCCAUUCAAUACUCAAGUUUGGUUGUUUCUUGUAAUAAUGCUUUGCAAUGUACUACGCAGCUUGAAAAAGGCUGAAUCGUGUUAUAAAAUGUUAUUUGUUAUUCGAUUAGUCAAUGA